AAAAAAGAAAGUGAUAUGGAAGGGAACUCUGGAGGCAGCGGUGGCGGCAGCGGCAGCGGCGGAGCAGACAGAGGAGGAGGCGGAGGAGAAAGAGGAGGAAACGAUGUGGAGCUUCUUUGCAAAACACUCCAGGUAGAACACAAGCUGUUCUAUUUCGAUCUCAAGGAGAACCCACGCGGUCGUUAUCUGAAAAUCUCGGAAAAGACAUCGGCCACCAGGUCAACCAUCAUCGUACCUUCCUCCGGCAUCUCCUGGUUCCUCGAUCUCUUCAAUUAUUACGUCAACUCCGACGAUCACGACCUCUUCAGCAAGGAAUUGCAGCUCGACAGUAAAGUCUUUUACUUCGACAUUGGCGAGAACCGGAGGGGUCGUUUCUUGAAGGUGUCUGAAGCAUCUGUCAGCAGAAACCGCAGUACCAUUAUUGUUCCAGCAGGAAGUACCAUGGUUGAAGGGUGGGCAGCCUUCAGGAACAUAUUGGCAGAUGUCAACGAGGCAUCAAGGCUUUUCAUAUUGCCAAAUCAGCAAAGUUCUGAACCUUCAGAACACCUUGUUGGCCUUUCAGAUGAUGUCGGGGCUGGCUUCAUAUCUGGACACAACCAGCCUACCUCAGAUUCUGAUUUGAAUGUAGAUAGAUCAGUUGAAUUGCCAACACAAGAUGAAAUCAGUAACAUGGGGGUUUCAAAAGUUAUCAGAGUUGAUCAGAAGAGGUUUUUCUUUGAUCUCGGGAGCAACAACAGAGGACAUUUCUUGAGGAUAUCUGAAGUUGCAGGUUCUGACCGGUCUUCCAUCAUUCUCCCACUGUCGGGAUUAAAGCAAUUCCACGAAAUAGUGGGUCAUUUUGUGGAGAUAACAAAGGAUCGCAUCGAAGGAAUGAUCGGUGCAAAUGUUCGAACAGUGGAUCCAACUCAAAGGUGAAUGUCUGCCAGUUUAACACGGUGAAAUUGGUAAAAUAAAUAAUUGUGAUUCUGUCGAGCUUGGUUUACGGCCUUUUAUUAGUUGUUUGAUAAGAGAUGCAAUUGUGCUGUGGUUGCUUGUGCUCUGCUCUGUUAUUUUCAUCCCACCUGCCCUCAUUCAAGGCUUGGAAAUAAUCCGAUUUUUAUCUGUUUGAUUAACAGAGAAAUAUUGGAGAUAUAAAUUGUGAAGUUUAGUUUCAUAGGAAAUAAUGGAUAUAUAUAAGCUUUUGGAUAAAUUGUAAUUUUACCCUCUCAAUAAUGCUUACCUUUUUC